CUUCUCCUGGCAACAAUUCCGCGCCACUACUGGCUCCCUCAUUGCCUGCCACGACCGCAAAGCAGAACGCCGCCACACCUAGAACCGAACACCUCUCUCCGGCAACGUAGCAGCUAACAUGGCCGCUUCUGUCGAGCCACGGCAGUUCGGCCGCCUCGAGCCGGUCUCCCCGCCGGUGCGCGGCGCCUCGAGCGGCAUCCGCCGCCGCGCCGACUCCCCCGUGCGCGGGUGCGGCUUCCCCGCUCUGAUAUCGCCGCCCCGGAAGGCCCGCGUCUACGACGACGCGUCGGACGACGACGAGGAGGAGCAGGAGGACUGGCGGGAGCUGUACGGGUCGCAGCUGCAGUUCGAGGUGGAGCCGUCGGUGCGCGACUUGCGCGACGAGGGCACGGCGGACGCGUGGAUCGAGCGCAACCCGUCGCUGAUCCGCCUCACGGGGAAGCACCCGCUCAACUGCGAGCCGCCGCUAGCGCGGCUGAUGCACCACGGCUUCAUCACCCCGGCGCCGCUCCACUACGUGCGCAACCACGGCGCGGUGCCGCGCGGCGACUGGUCGACGUGGACCGUGGAGGUGACGGGCCUGGUGAAGCGGCCGGCGCGGUUCACCAUGGACGAGCUGGCCAACGAGUUCCCGGCCCUGGAGGUGGCGGCCACGCUGGUGUGCGCGGGGAACCGGCGCAAGGAGCAGAACAUGGUGCAGCAGACGGUGGGGUUCAACUGGGGCGCGGCGGGGGUGUCCACCUCCGUGUGGCGCGGCGUGCGGCUCCGCGACCUGCUGCGGCGGUGCGGCAUGAUGGGCGUCAAGGGGCAGGCCCUCAACGUGUGCUUCGAGGGCGCCGAGGACCUCCCCGGCGGCGGCGGCUCCAAGUACGGCACCAGCAUCACCCGCGAGUGGGCGCUGGACCCGUCGCGGGACAUCAUGCUCGCCUACAUGCAGAACGGCGAGCUGCUGCUGCCGGACCACGGCUUCCCCGUGCGCGCCAUCAUCCCCGGAUGCAUCGGCGGCCGCAUGGUCAAGUGGGUGAAGCGCAUCAUCGUCACCGCCGCCGAGUCCGACAACUACUACCAUUUCAAGGACAACCGCGUGCUGCCCUCCCACGUCGACGCCGAGCUCGCCAACGCAGAAGCGUGGUGGUACAAGCCGGAGCACAUCAUCAACGAGCUCAACACCAACUCGGUGAUCACCACGCCGGGGCACGACGAGAUCCUGCCCAUCAACGCCUUCACCACGCAACGCGCCUACACCAUGAAGGGAUACGCCUACUCCGGUGGUGGCAAGAAGAUCACAAGAGUGGAGGUGACGCUGGACGGCGGCGAGACAUGGCUGGUGUGCACGCUGGACAUCCCGGAGAAGCCCACCAAGUACGGCCGGUACUGGUGCUGGUGCUUCUGGUCCGUCGAGAUCGAGGUCCUCGACCUCCUCGGCGCCAAGGAGGUCGCCGUGCGCGCCUGGGACCAGACGCACAACACCCAGCCCGAGAAGCUGAUAUGGAAUCUCAUGGGGAUGAUGAACAACUGCUGGUUCAAGGUGAAGGUGAACGUGUGCCGGCCACACAAGGGGGAGAUUGGUCUCGUCUUCGAGCACCCGACACAGCCAGGUAACCAGACGGGCGGCUGGAUGGCAAGGCAGAAGCACCUGGAGACGGCCGAGGCCGCCGCGCCGGGGCUCAAGCGCAGCACCUCCACGCCCUUCCUGCAAGCCGCUCUCGACAAGCAGUUCACCAUGUCCGAGGUGCGCAAGCACGGGUCGAAGGACUCGGCAUGGAUCGUCGUCCACGGCCACGUCUACGACUGCACCGCCUUCCUCAAGGACCACCCAGGCGGCGCCGACAGCAUCCUCAUCAACGCAGGCUCCGAUUGCACGGAGGAGUUCGACGCCAUCCACUCCGACAAGGCCAAGGCGCUCCUCGACACGUACCGCAUCGGCGAGCUCAUCACCACCGGCACCGGCUACAACUCUGACAACUCCGUCCAUGGCGGUUCCAACCUCUCCCACCUCGCCCCCAUCCGUGAGGCCACAAAGGCCCUGGCCGCACCCAUCGCGUUGUCCAGCCCGCGCGAGAAGGUCCCAUGCCGCCUCAUCGACAAGAAGGAGCUCUCCCACGACGUCCGCCUCUUCCGCUUCGCGCUGCCCUCCUCCGACCAAGUGCUCGGACUGUCCGUCGGCAAGCACAUCUUUGUGUGCGCGACCAUCGAGGGGAAGCUAUGCAUGCGCGCCUACACGCCCACGAGCAUGGUCGACGAGAUCGGUCACUUCGAGCUCCUCAUCAAGGUCUAUUUCAAGGACGAGCACCCCAAGUUCCCCAACGGUGGCCUCAUGACCCAGCACCUGGAGUCGCUUCAGAUCGGCUCCUACAUCGACGUCAAGGGCCCUCUCGGACACGUUGAGUACACCGGCCGUGGCAACUUCGUGAUCAACGGCAAGCAGCGGCAGGCGCGCCGCUUGGCGAUGAUCUGCGGAGGGAGCGGGAUCACGCCCAUGUACCAGGUGAUCCAGGCCGUGUUGCGCGACCAGCCAGAGGACGAGACAGAGAUGCACCUUGUGUACGCCAACCGGACGGAGGAUGACAUACUGCUCCGUGACGAGCUGGACCGGUGGGCGGCGGAGUACCCCGACAGGCUCAAGGUGUGGUACGUCAUCGACCAGGUGAAGCGGCCGGAGGAUGGCUGGAAGUUCAGCGUCGGGUUCGUGACCGAGGACAUUCUGCGGGCGCACGUGCCGGAGGGUGGUGAUGACACGCUCGCACUCGCCUGCGGGCCGCCGCCCAUGAUCAAGUUCGCCAUAUCGCCCAACCUGGAGAAGAUGAAGUACGACAUGGCCAAUUCUUUCAUCUCAUUCUAAGAUACCGUUGUAGCAUGCAGCUACCUACUUCGUCGACGCAUCUGAGUGUAUGUAUAUAUGGACAUGGUACGUGCUGUAUUCGUUAGAGAACCACACAUGAUUGCACGGGGAACAAUAAGGAGUAUACGACAUUAAUAAUAGGUUGGACACUAGUAGUAUGUACUCUUCCUCUGCUAGAGUACGUCGGCCGUGUGUCUUGCUCUCAGGAUGUCUGGAUGUGUUCAUGCAGCAGCUCCAAAUGAGGGUAUGAUUAUUCCUUCAUGUAUACUGGAGUAGUAUGUAAAUAAUUAAGGUUAUUGUUUGUUA